ACACCUGCAACCAACAUAUGCGAUGUCUCCAUUUUUGACAUUUCAAGUAUUCUAAUUGGUUUUUAUGUUAUAAAGGGACAGACAUCAUUGCAGCCCAUGCACACUGACUGACUAAAGCCCAGAGCAGCUGUAGCAGUAUUACGAGUGCAACCAUAGUCGCCAGCGAAACCAUGCAUCAGCACGACCAGCUGAAAAUAGACACCCGCAAUUACGCAAGGGUCUGAAGAAGUCUGUGAUCGCUCGCGGCGAUUUGAGCCGACGACGCUGUGAAACGUGUCACAGAGGUUUGGAAGCCAUGGAUCAGGAGGCGAAGCUCGGCCCCGAGGCCAGGCUGCGGCGGCUGGAGAGCAUGUGGCUGAGGGGUCCGCGACAGCACCCGGGAGAGGUUCUAAGUCUUGAGACCCUGAUGGAUAUUCUUAUCGUGCUGUAUGAGGAAUGCAGCCAUUCCUCUCUCCGGCGUGAGAAGACACUCUCACAGUUUGCAGAAAUAGCCAAGCCUAUUGCGAUGUCGAUAAAGCAGUUGCGAUUACGCAAAGAUGACUUCAAGCUUAUCAAGGUCAUUGGCAAAGGUGCAUUUGGAGAGGUAUCGGUGGUGAAGGAGAAGGUGACAGGCAAAGUGUAUGCUAUGAAGACUCUCAACAAGUGGUACAUGCUCAAGCGUGCAGAUGCAGCCUGCUACAAGGAGGAGAGAGAUGUAUUGGUGUUUGGUAAUAGACAGUGGAUUACACGAUUGCACUUUGCCUUCCAAGAUGCUAGUAAUCUGUAUUUCGUCAUGGACUACUAUAAUGGCGGUGAUCUCCUGACUGUCAUGAGCAAAUUUGAUGACAAAAUGCCAGAAGAUCUUACUAGGUUCUACAUUGCCGAGAUGCUGCUGGCUGUCCAGUCCGUCCACCAGCUCGGCUACAUCCAUCGGGACGUGAAGCCGGACAAUAUCCUGCUGGACAGCAAUGGACACAUCCGCCUCGCAGAUUUCGGCUCGUGUCUGAAGUUGGGCGCAGACAACCUGGUGCACGACACGACAGCGGUCGGCACACCGGACUACAUCGCUCCGGAAGUGCUCAUGGCGUUUGAGGAUGGCAAGGGAAGGUACGGCCCGCAGUGUGACUUCUGGUCUGUUGGCGUCGUCAUGUACGAGAUGUUGUUUGGAGAAACUCCGUUCUACGCGGAGUCGCUCAUCGAGACGUACGGCAAGAUCAUGUCACACUACAUGAAGAAGAAGGAGUUUGAGUUUCCGGAGGAGGUGGAUGUGACAGAGGACACCAUGGACCUGAUCACCCGCAUGUGUCUGCCGGCGCAUGAGCGGCUAGGCAAAGGAGGCAUCGACGACUUCAAGACUCAUCCAUUUUUCACCGGUAUAACUUGGGAGGGCAUAAAAGACGGUCCAGCACCAUAUAAUCCUGGAGUAACCGGUGAAACUGACACGUCAAAUUUUGAUUGCGAUGAUGUAGACUUCAAGCCUUAUGAUGCUAGUCCACCCAAGGCACACAUAGCUUUCUCCGGUCAUCAUCUGCCUUUCAUUGGAUUCACCUACUCGGACAUGCUAAAAAUCUCUGAUUGCAAUAGCCUUAUGGGGCAGGCUCGUGGUGCAGCAAGUGCAGACAUGACAGAUGGAGAUGACCUUCUUGAGAGAAUUAAAAACCUAAAGAAAGAAAACAAGGAACUUGGAGGCCAGAUCCUAAGCAUUCCAGAUUUUGAGGUUAUUGAGGAUACCACACAGCCUCACGUCAUGAGAGAUUAUGUUAGACAGCUCCAGGAAGAGAUCAACUCUCUCCGAAUGUCAAUGCGCUUUGCUGAGUUAAGGACAGUGGAGCAGGAUAGUACUCUACAGCAUCUGAAGCAAGCCAAUAAGAACCUAAACACACAAGAAGGAGAGAGAGAUGAGGUCAUCAGCCAGCUCAAGGACAACAUCAGUGUCCUUGAGCGACAGAAGGAGGAAUAUAGUGCGGCACAAACGCACCUGGAUGAGGUUCAGAUGCAAUUGCAAAGUGAGAAGCGUGACAAAGAGCAAAGCCAAGAAUAUGCUAAACAAUUGGAGGCACAGUUGGAGAAGCUUCAGCAGAAUCAACAGCAUGUCGACCCAGAAAUAUUCAUGGAUAUUGCAAGACUCAAGUCAGAGCUAGAGCAAAAAGAUGUGCAGCACAGCAUUGCAAUCGAAACACUGCAGGGAGAAAGCACUGAGGCUCAGAAGAAACUAGAAGACAGUGAAUCCAAAUUCCAGGCUCUCGAGAAGGAAACACAACAGAGCAAGAAAUCAUUGGAAGAUAUUGUAGAGGAACAUGCACUAAAGACUAGAGUACUGGACCAGCAGCACGGUAGAGAGAAGGCUGCUCUUGAGGAAGACAGAUCUAGGUUGCAAUCCAGUGUUGAACAGUUCCAUGACGAAGUCGAAAAGCUCAUUAGUGAGAAACACCAAUUAGUUGAUGAGAUCGAUGACCUCAAGAUCGAGGUCGAGAAUCAGCGUGUGCCGAGCGAAAAGGAGGAAGCCUGGAAGAGAAAGCGAACACAGAAAGUGGAGAAGAUGGAGCUAUUGCAGCUGCAGUCCACAGUCCAAGCUGAGGUCGCUGCAAAGCAGGAUAUUUCUGAUGAGUUGGCGAAGAGUGCAGCAGCAAGGGCUGAAGCAGAAAGCAAGCUCAGUCAAGCUGAGCAGACGAUUGAAGAUCUCAGGAAGGAGCUCCAUCUGCUGAGGAACGAAAUUAGGCAGCUGCGCAGCAGACCGAAUGGCGACGAAGACUUGAGAAGUGCCUCCCAUUUCUCCUGGAUAGAAAAGCUGUUCCGCACUCACUUGCCCUCACAUAGCGUGUUCUGGUCGGAUGAGGACGACGACUGGACGUCGUCCUUCAGUGGACGUCAAGGUAACAGGAAUGUCGAUGACUGGGUGAGCUGGAUCGAUGAGAAGCCAGGCACGCGUAUGAUACGGCAGGAGCGUGUCAGUAGGCAGGGCUCCCGGCCCGCCGACACAACCAGGGUGGUGACUGUAGGGGAGAGCCACCACUUUGCUCUGCAGACUCAGCGCAGUGACGAGAGAUGUGCGACUUGCAGACGAUCGUUCCCAGGCAUCAGUAACCAAGUUCUCGUCUGCCAAUCCUGCGGCAUCGCCUGCCAUUUCGAAUGCAGCAAGUCCGUCCCGGUCGCCUGCACCUCGAAUUACACAGUGCAGACGCCCGGCUCAACCCACCCCCCCAGCCCGGCUCCCUCGUACGCAUCCUACAAGUCGCUGCCGACAAGCACUCCACCCGCGUACGCCUCCUACAUGUCCGAGUCCACCUCGGAGCCCGCGUCCGCCUGUGAAACGCCAUCAGGCAGUAAGACCCCCACGUUCACAACCCCCGGGUACGGCAGCAGCGGCGGUGGCAGCGUCGCGAGGUUUACCACCAACAUCAACAUCAAGGUCGGCAGUAGGCGCGGCGGAUCUGCGCCACCGGCGCCGGUUGGCACCGCGCCAGGAAUCACCGACUUUGCCGUGGAGACGAGUGACUCGUCUGCGGCGUCCAGCAGACGGUCGACGUCGGCGGAUCUUCCGGCGGCGGCCGCCGUGGCUCGCGAGGCUGCGUCACAGAUGAAGAUUUUAGAAGCCAUAGAUGUGUGUGAAACGCCAGGCACCACUUCUAGAAACCCUGUGAGAAACAUAAACUGUGCCGUUAUACUCGACUCGGAUGUCAUCGUUAUGGGAACCAACACUGGCCUUUUUGUUUUGGAGCUGACUGGCAUCGGUGCUACUCAGGUUGGGGAGAGCAGAACUAUUCACCAGAUAGAGUACAUCGAUGAAGGGGCUGUAUUGCUAGUUAUCAUAGGUCCAGAGAAGCAAGCUCUGCUUGUACCCGUGGUUGCACUGGAGGGAUUCCGUCUGCCAUGGACACCAUUGCCGGGGGCUGAGGGAGUGAUCGCCUGCUGUGCUGGCAAGAUGAACCAGGCAACACCACCAUGCGCUUUUGUUGCCAUGCCCGACCAGGUUCUCAUCUAUGAGAUCACACGCAGCUCAAAGCGUUUCAGACAGUUGCAAAGCAUAAUGCUGCCAAAUGUUCCGAUCUGCAUGGACCUGAUGGCUUCCAGGCUGUGUGUUGGCCACCUGUCUAACUUCACGCUAAUAUCCGUGUUUGGUGACAAACAGCAGAGUUUAGUGAAUAAAGAUGACAAAAAUCUGCAGUUUUUGAGAGCGACACCACACCAACCACUAGGGGCUGUCAAAGUUACACAAAGAGAGUUUCUACUCUUUUUUGACAGUGUGGCUAUUUUCGUGGAUAAUUUUGGCAACAAACUUGAGCAGAUGCAAAACAUUGCCUACCCUUCACCACCUAUUGCUAUGAGUGUUGCCCAUCCAUAUGUGUGCCUGUAUAGUGAGACUGAAAUUGCUGUGUAUGAUGUCCAAGUCAGGAACUGGGUCCAGUAUCUUCCCCUUAAAAAUACAACACCCAUGAACAGAGGUGGCUCUCUAUGCCUGUGUAGAGAAAGUGAAUUACCACGCUUGCUCUAUCUACGGACUGCUACUGGCACUCCACGAACUGUUGCAGUAGAGAAAGAAAAAGAGCUCCACGUUCCAAAAGACACACCAACGGAAUGGCGCGAUUGGGUCAAACGCAAGAUGGACGACCUUGAGCGGCGUAUGGAGGCACCAAAAACUCCCACCAGACAACUGUUAGUUGCAUCUUUUAACACAAACCGAAUUUGCCUCUGAUAUAUCUAUAUAUAUAUAAAGUUG